GUGUGUUUGGAAUGAAUGAUGUCGCAGGGAAACACAAACAGCAGAGCAAAUGUUUUCUUGACUUGUCCUAAAUUGAACCCUGUUUGAUCUUUUUAUUCGUCACUACUUCCACUGUUUCUUCUUUCAAUUAUACAACAACAAAAAGAAAAUGCAGAAAAAAUCAAAUUCUAUGGGAUACACAUGGCUCUGACUUCUCUCAUUACAGAGGAUAUCUAGGGUUUUCUUUUGUUACUGUUCUUAAUAGCUACAAGAAGAAUUUGAAGGCAUGCACUCGAAACCUGGGAACGUAAAUGCAUCAGAAUUGGACGAGCAAAGUAUUCCGCAAUCAACAACCUGUUCUCAACCUUGGUGGCGCGGCUCUGUGCAUAACACCGACACGUCAACCGAGUUGGGAGAAAGCUCAAGUAAACCAUCUUUAAUAGAACAGCCUGACAGUAGAAUGGAAACCAACGCUAAAGAGAUAGGUGAUGGUGGCCAGAAUGAAGGGGGUGGUGUUACGAAAGAGAUGCAGACCACCAUAGCCCCACAAUCAGGAUCGGAUGGACAAUAUGGACAUGAGCACCAAAAUCUGCAGCUUGCUGCAUCUACAAUGCCCCCAGCGGGUGGUGAAUACCACAUACCACGUCCCCAAUUUGAGCUUGUUGGUCACUCAAUAGCAUGCGCAACGUACCCGUAUUCUGAUCCAUAUUAUGCUGGAAUGAUGGGUGGUUUGGGAUCUCAGUCUCAGCAGGUACAGCCGCAUUUACUUGGUGUGCGUCAUAGUAGAAUGCCAUUGCCUCUAGAAAUUUCAGAAGAGCCUGUCUACGUAAAUGCCAAGCAGUACCAUGGAAUUCUGAGGCGAAGGCAGUCACGUGCAAAGGCAGAGCUAGAAAAGAAACUUAUAAAAUCUAGAAAGCCAUAUCUUCACGAAUCCCGGCACCAACAUGCUAUGAGAAGGGCAAGGGGUUGUGGAGGUCGUUUUCUCAACACAAAGAAACCUGAAGACAGCUCAUCGAUGCACACCACCGAGGAGGGCAUGGCAUCCGACUGUAAUGGUAACCAUAACUCCUCCAAUGGGAGACAAGUAGUAAAUGAUUCGACAGGCCAGGAUAGGCAAGAAUCAAAUUCAUACUCUAACGACAAUACUAAAAGCUGCUACCGACACAAUCAAGGUCUGCAAUUAUCAAGUUUUCAUUCACUAUCUGGUGAAAGGACAGAAGAAGAAGAUUGUUCAGGCCAGCAGCGAGGAAACAUCCAGGUGAAGCAGGCCCAAAGCAGGGCUCUCACCAUCCAGUGAACCUACGUGUGGGGAAUGGGUUAUUACCGUAUUGCUGUUCUGUAUUACCGCUCUUACCUUUCUUAAACCUCUCCAGUGUCUUAUUGAGAUGUCAGAUAUGGUAGAGAGCAAAUGGCAAUCAACAGUGAUGCUGGAAUAUGAACCCUAGCAACCAGAAGUGGAUUCCCCCCAGGGUAACUGGUGUUUCUCAGGCAAUUCAUUCUUGGCUUGGUUCUUGUGUUUCUUCAGGAAAGAGGUGAAAUUCAGGGGGAUUUAGUGUGUCGCGGUGUUGGCGUCUUCUAGUCUCUCCUCUUUCCCUGCGUUUCUCUUUACCAAUCUGUUGUACAAAUGAAGUGACUAGUGGUGGUUGUAAUCUUAGUAAUUUGAAGGGUGAGAAGAAAUGAAUGAAUCCCCUUCGUUUUUCCUUUCCCCUUUUCGUUCUUGUUUGGGAACUUUUGGUAUGUUAAUACUGACGUCGUCCAGUUAUGUAAUAAACAUUAUAAUUUAUGGUUUGUUCUGUUA